AUGGGACUUCAAGGACAUUGUACGUGCAUGCCUUGCUGGACCGAUCCAUUAUCGGCUGUGAACUUCCGUCUCUGUGAUGGAAGCGGUGUUGUAGAAUCACAAGCACCACAAUAUUUAUAUUCAAUAUUGAUAGAUCAAUCAUCCAAUUGGAAUGUGACUGUUUAUGAUUACAACCAAUUGGAACCUGUCAAUCAAUUUGUCGUCCCUUUUAAAUACCAAAGUUUAAUUGGUAUCUUGGAUUUCAAUGCCACCUCUCAACAAUUCCUUGUAUUGUAUUUAAAUGAUAAGAAUGUUGCCAAUACAAUUGGUUCAUUUGAUAUUAAUAAAAAACAAUUAACUAAAAUCAAAGCAUUACCAUUACAAUCAAAUUGUUUUAUCGAUACUAUACCAAUGGGAUAUGAUGAAAGUAAGGAAAUGAUUAUAACGGCAGUGACCAAUUUGGAAAACAAUACAGUCACAUUGAUGGAAUGGAAGUUCCCAGAGAAACAAGAGAUCCCUAUUUCAUUUAACGACCAGUACGCCUUUGACAAUAGUUCCUUUCCAACUGGAGCAUACAAUCUUCACUCCUCUACCUAUUACACACAUUUUGUCGAUCAAGACACUCAACUACACCGUAUUCUCACCUACAACACUACAACCAAUCAAUAUGUAGAUUAUAUCUUGAGUACUUGGAUACCAAGUUCAACAAUAUCAUCAACAGUAUUUUUAAUAUCACCAACACAACAACAAGGAGGAGAAGCACCACAAUUAUAUGGUAUCACACAAGUUGGACAACAAUUAACACUACUACAAAUUGAAUUAGACGAUAGUAACAAUAGUGGCCAAUUCAAAUCAUUAUUACAAAUCAAUAACCCAUACCCACCACAAAGUAUUCCAUAUGUAUUAUCAUCGAGUGAUUCCAAUUAUCUAACAUUAUUUACCUCGACCAACAACGUCACUACAACUCUAACAACUAUUAAUCUUUCCAACCUACAAUACAAAUCAAUUCAAUCCAAUAAUAAUUUCCCUUAUAAUUCUUGGUUCCUUUAUUCAUUUUAA